AUGUUUCUCCAUUUUGGAAUACUACUUCUUCUGUCCCAAGGACUCCUUGGCGAAGUGGACGUUUCGGAAGCUAUAGAUGGAGACAGCCGAAUAAUCCUUGGCCAAGAUGCCACUCCAGGCAUAGCUAAGUACCAAGUUUCAAUUCGUGUUCAUGAAAAUGGUACAGAAGUGCACCAUUGCGGAGGAUCUAUUUUAAACGAAGAGUACGUGCUAACAGUAGCUCAUUCUAUUGAUGAGAUCAUCAUCAAACAUAUGUCAAUAGUCGUUGGUACACACACGAUGUAUAAAGGCGGUGACCGAUACAAGAUUAAGAAAUUUAUCCCUCAUGAGAAGUUUUCUCCUUGGAUGCCUUUUAAUAAUAACAUAGCCAUCAUACAGAUCGAAGGCAAAUUCAAAUUCAGCGAUAAGGUUCAACCCAUUGAGUUGUUAAAAGAAAUGGCACCCAUUGGAAAGAAAUGCCUCUUGACUGGCUGGGGAUACGUAAACAAUGUGAGAGGGAGAUAUUUACAAAAAAAUCUUAAUAUGUUGGAGUUCGAGACUAUAAGCAAUGAGGCCUGCACUCAACGAUUAAGAAUAUUGCCUUACCCGAAUGUGUUGCCUGUUGACGCCGGACAAGUCUGCGCACGGCGCCCGGAGUACAGAGGUGCAUGCACUGGUGAUUAUGGCAGUCCUCUCGUCAUUCAGGACGAUAAGAACAAAACUCUUCAAAUAGGAGUCUCGGCCUUUGUUUCCUGGGUUCCCUGCGCUGCAAACUUUCCCGAUGUAUUUUCUUCAAUCCAUGGUUAUUACGAUUGGAUACAGCGCAAAAUUAAAUGA